UGUAUGUGUACCAAAGGGGUGGGAAGAAAGAGGAAGGCGGAGUUGCGUUUUGUACUUUUAUGGGUUGUGGAGAAACCUGCCUUUCUGCUCAGAGCUGGCAGAGGAGGAGCCUGUGUGCGGAGGGACUUAGACAAAGGAGGCAUAAACACACCGACACAGGAGAGGGGAAAAAAAGAGAACUGCAAAGCUUCCCUCCUUUUUAUUUUUUUUUUUUUGUUUUCGUGGGUCAUUUGGAGAAGUGGAGGACGAGGUCAGCUGCGCUGGGAAAUGUUCUCGCAGGGGAUGUGGUUGACAUAUGCUGGCCAUGGUGCGCGGACGCCUGCGUGUUAGUGCGCGUGGAAUGGAAAAGUGGGGCGGCCAAGACAAACAGCUCCGCUCUUAGCUCCACGCCAUGGGGGGUUGCCAUAGUUACCCCUCAGCCACGAAGACAGAGAGCAAAACUCCUUGUGACAUCAGCAAUGACAAACCGGGAAUCAACAACAAUAAUCAAGAGGAGCGCCCGUACCUGCAGGAGCCGUACGUGCGCCACCGGAUCACAGACUCAGACAUGUUGGCCCUCACGGCGCUGCCGCCUGGCGUCGACAGGGCAGAGUGGCUCGCCAGUAACACUGUGGCUUUUUUCAAGCACAUAAAUCUGCUAUCCAGCGCGCUGUCAGAGUUCUGCACCACCAGCACAUGCCCAACUGCCUGUGGACCGGGCAACACGAUUUAUUUUUGGACUGACGAACACGGCAGGAAGCUGAAGUGCUCCGCUCCACUUUACUUUGACUACGCUCUGUCCUACAUUCAGGAGCUACUGACUGAUGAAGAUGUGUUCCCCACUAAAGCUGGUGCUGCGUUUCCAACCGGCUUCUUCCUCCUCGUCCAAAAGGUCUUUCUGCUUUUGUUUAGGACUCUGGCUCACAUUUACUGGUCUCACUACAACGAAGCACUUGCGUUGGGUUUGCACCCACACCUUAACACAAUGUUUGCACACCUCACGCUCUUCUGCCAGCACCACGCCCUGCUGGAGUCUGAAGACACGGAGCCACUGCAGCCGCUCAUCACGGCUCUGAGACGGCAAAGAUGAAGCCCGAGGACAAACGGUUCCUACGAAUCUCCAGCAGCUCAUCUCAAAGCUAUUUAUUUGUUGCAGCUUUUUGCCAAUCUGGAUUCAGCUAUAAAGUGUGCCAUUCUAUUGUUUGUCUCAACAGGUCUGAAGUUUAGAGAGUGGAAAAAGGAUGCAGGAAGUGACUGCUCUUUACUUAUUCUGUCUCAUUUCAUCCAAAGUAUGUUUGUGUUUUUACAUAUUAUUGUAUUUGUUUUGUUUUUCAGGUCAAUUUUACGUUUGUUUUCUUCAAAGUAAAACUCAAAAAAAAAAAAAAAAACUCUCACCAAAGACAUCCUGUCACUGUGCCUAAAUAUAUUUAAUGCAGAUACUUUAUAAUCAUGUGUGCAAUUGUGUGUACUUUGUAAUAAACAUUUGUUAUAAUAUGCUUUUUAAAUAAAAUGCCUUUUGUUUCCAGACAAGGCAACAAAUGAGUUGAGCACAAAUUUCCUGUUUUUAAUUUUGCAGUCACUUAUUUGUUGCAAUUAUCAAUUUAAAAAAAAA